ACACCGCAUUCGGUUUCGUUCGAAUCCAUGGACGGCAUGAACUUCGGCACCCUGUUGGACUUGGACCGCGGUCAACCCGCAAACUUAGAACCGACCUCGGCCAAUCCGCCGACCCCGACCACGGCGCCCGUGUCCGUGUCCAGCAGUACGCUUUCUGACUUACCGCCGUCCACAACGUAUCAACAACAGACCAUGACCGCCCACCUCAACGACUACGACAACGUGGUGUCCAGCUACAACAGCUACUGCGGCAACACGUUCGACCCUUACUACGCGCAGACCUACGCCCCGUUGCCGCCCUAUACAGAUAUCAGGAACACAGCUCCUUUGCCGCAGCCCCAGUGCACGCAGGCGGGCGUCCGGAGGAGAGAAAAACAGAAACGCCAGAGGACCGCGUACUCCAGCGAGCAGUUGAUGCACCUGGAGGAGUCGUUCACGAACAAUCAGUAUCUGAACCGGGCGAGGAGGAUAGAUUUGGCGAGGACGUUGAGACUGACCGAGAGACAAAUCAAAAUAUGGUUCCAAAACAGGCGCAUGAAGGAGAAAAAAUCAAAAAGAGAUUCGGGUCAAGUGGAGUCGACCAGCGGCAGUAGCUCAGUGUCCGGGGCGCCUACCGGGCUCGGUUCCGUGGGCUACGGCGGCGGCGGCGGCGGCCCGUACAGCGAUGCAGCGACGCCCAAGAUGAACCGGUACAGUCCGACCAGUUCGUUCUCGACGCCGUCGCCGCCCAUCCAGCUGAUCGAGCCGCAACCGCAGGGCCCGUCCACCACGCUGCACCAUUACUCCUAUCCGCCCGUCGCCGACAUGUACAGCAACGCGUGUCCGUCCACGCUGCCGCCGCCGUCGUACGAACAGGCCGUGAUGAACGGCCAGAUGCAAUGGUACUCGCACGCCGACGACGCGAAUCUGUGAUCGGCGCCCGGCAUGUCUCCAGCAGGCCCAUUUUUUCAAAAAAAAAAAAAAAAAAACCCCACCGCUUUU